UCCCGGUGCUUGAUUCUCCUUCCUUUGUACCUUUUCUAACGCAAUCAUCGACAACCCUGAAGACGGAAAUAAAUCACAUAGGCAUAGACUGCGAGACAUACAGAAUCUCGACACCCCCUUUCUCUUCUACUCAGAUAACGUUCUGGUUUUGCCCUUCAUUACCAUGGUCCCUAGCAUUUGGGCUUGGGUCGGCUGAAUCACGAAAUACUCAAAAGGUAUGGAUGUUUUGACGAGUGGGGAAUAUCAUGUUGCAGUGCCUAGACGGCUUCAAGCAUUUAUUUGCUUUCCUGCUUAGGUGUUGUGAUCUCGAUUUGUAUAAGCAGCCGAAGGGCCUUGAAGAUCCUGAAGUUCUCGCAAGGGAAACAGUGUUCAGCGUAAGUGAAAUUGAAGCAUUGUAUGAGCUUUUUAAGAAGAUCAGCAGUGCUGUAAUAGAUGACGGGCUGAUUAACAAGGAAGAGUUCCAAUUGGCCUUGUUCAAGACAAACAAAAAGGAAAGCUUAUUUGCUGAUCGAGUCUUUGACUUAUUUGAUACGAAGCACAAUGGAAUAUUAGGUUUUGAAGAGUUUGCACGUGCCCUAUCUGUCUUCCAUCCCAACGCACCAAUUGACGAUAAGAUUGAGUUUUCUUUUCAACUUUACGAUCUCAAGCAACAAGGGUUCAUUGAGAGGCAAGAGGUGAAGCAAAUGGUUGUGGCUACACUGGCUGAAUCUGGAAUGAACCUUUCAGAUGAUGUGAUAGAAAGUAUCAUUGAUAAGACCUUCGAGGAGGCUGAUACGAAACAUGAUGGGAGGAUUGAUAAGGAAGAGUGGCGGAACCUUGUCUUGCGACACCCUUCUCUUUUGAAGAAUAUGACCCUACAGUACCUCAAAGACAUCACGACUACAUUCCCAAGCUUCGUAUUCCACUCGCAAGUUGACGAUACCUAAGGUUUCAUUUCAAAUUUCGAAGAUUAGAGGGUUUGUUAUUAUGGUUUUGCAAUUUCUAGUAGAUUAUAUGGGUCACAUAAGCUUGAGGGGCCCAGAAGAUUUGUGUGUGAUGAGAUUGGUGUUUGUGAGGGAUGAUAUUGUUUAUCAGUUUCUAUGCUCAACUGCUACACAUUCUCAACUUCCUUGAUAGAAA